ACUGAUCUGUGAUCUCUGUGAUCGUUUGACCGUAUAGUGUGUUUUUAAUCGAAAGAAUUUAAACAAAAAUUUCUCGAAUUGUGAUUUCUAUGAGCAGAAUGAAUUAUUUAAUAAUUUUUUAAAUGAUAUUAAAUGUGAAAUAACAAUUUAAUUACAUAAGUCAGCAAUGUAUGAUGUUGACACAGAAUAAAUAUAAUUAUCAAUAAUACAAUAUAUAUAUACGUAUAGAUAUGUAGCUAUCCAUCGUUGAACUAAAAAUAACUUGCAUAGAUAACAGGCACAAAUGUAAAAUGGCUACUUUAUCAACUUUAUCGACAACAUCGUCGAACACAAAAAGACUCUCGCAGAUUAGAAAUAUGCGACAAGGCAGCGUGAUAGAUAUAGAUGCCGAUAUGUUUCUCAAAAUAUCAAACUACGAGGAUACCGUCAGACAAUUGGAUAUAUAUUACGGAAUUGUCAAACGGCAACUGUUACGUCAUCAGAGCUGCAUAACAGGCUUAUUUCCACAGAUUUCUACUGAUAAGAAGACUGGCAGUGUGCGCGAAAGUAUAUAUUGUGCUGCUGCAGUAUGGAGCCUUUAUCAAGCAUAUAGACGUAUCGAUGACGACCGCGGGAAGUCUUAUGAGUUAGGACAAUCCGCGGUAAAAUGUAUGCGAGGUAUCUUGGAAUGUUGGAUAAAGCAAUCUUCUAGAGUAGAGCUCUUUAAGAAAAAUCAAUGUGAUCGCUAUGCGUUGCAUUGUAAAUUUCAUUUGGACACUGGCGACGAAAUUUAUACGGAUGCUAACUACCAUCAUUUACAAAUUGACAUCGUAUCCCUUUAUUUGAUAUUUUUGGUACAAAUGAUUUCUUCCGGAUUGCAAAUUAUAUAUACGCAAGAUGAAGUAGCCUUUGUGCAAAAUUUAGUAUAUUAUGUUGAAAGGGCGUAUCGUACGCCAGAUUAUGGCAUGUGGGAACGUGGAAGUCGAUAUAAUGAUGGAACUCCAGAAAUUCAUGCUAGCUCUAUCGGGAUCGCCAAGAGCGCACUGGAGGCGAUCAAUGGCUGUAAUUUAUUUGGGGAGAAGGGAGCAUCCUGGUCUGUGAUAUACGUCGAUAUUGAUGCUCACAAUCGUAAUCGCAGUAUUUUUGAGACAAUGCUUCCAAGAGAAUCUAGUUCAAAGAGUGUAGACGCAGCUUUACUACCAACGAUUUCAUUUCCUGCCUUUGCGACCCACGAAGAAGUUCUGUACAAUGAAACCAAGGCAAAUAUAGUUGGCAGAUUGAAAGGCAAUUAUGGCUUUAAACGAUUCGGAAGAGAUGGUUAUAAAACAGUGCUAGAAAAUAAGCAGCGACGGUAUUAUAAAUCUGGAGAAAUCAAGGAUUUUGAUAGUAUCGAAUGCGAAUGGCCACUGUUUUACAUAUUCAUGAUAAUAGACGGCGUGUUUAAGAGUUUGCCGGAGCAAGUGGAGCAAUAUCAAACUUUAUUGAAAGCAAGAGUGCACAAGGAUCUCAAUGGGGAUCCAGUUAUUCCUAUGUACUAUUAUGUACCCAUUGAAAAUUUGGAAGCCGAAAGAAAUGAACCAUGCAGUGCUUAUCGUUUACCGAGCGAUGAAGGAAGAGGUUCUAGAUCUGUAGAUCAGGAUGCGCCAAUGUACCUGUGGAAUCAAGCUAUGUUUGUGAUCGCGCAAUUACUCACCGCUGGCCUCCUACACAUUAACGAAUUAGAUCCGAUACGUCGAUAUUUGCCAUCGUACAAUCGUCCAAGGCGAGCGGGAAGAUAUUCUGCUUUUCAGGCAAAGCCCAACAUUGGCACUCACACCGACCUAGUAGUACAAAUAGUUUUAAUCGCAGAAUCUAUGCGAUUGCAAGCCAUGAUGGCCACAUAUGGUAUUCAAACACAAACGCCACAUGAAGUUGAGCCCGUUCAGAUUCUUUCAUCCACUCAAUUAGUGAAGGUUUAUCAAAAGUUAGGAGUGAAUAAUAAGCUAAAUCUCCAAGGACGACCUGCGCGACCUAUAGGUUCUCUAGGGACAAGUAAGGUGUAUAGAGUCUGUGGUAUGACGGUGCUCUGUUAUCCUUUAAUCUUCGAGGUGUCCGAGUUUUAUUUAUACAGAGACAUGGCUCUACUGAUCGAUGAUAUUAAAACGGAAUUGCAAUUCGUAGGCAAAUAUUGGCGUCUCUCCGGCCGACCUACUGUAUGUCUUUUAAUACGGGAGGAACAUAUGCGAGAUCCGCAAUUUAAAAAGAUGUUGGACCUCUUUGCGAUGUUAAAAAAAGGCUACUGCGAUAAGACGAAAGUACGCAUCGGCCGUCUACAAAAUCUGAUUUCAUCAUCUUGCAUUGAGCAUCUGGACUUUGUAAAUACAAUGGAAACAGAUCUGGAUUUAACGCAAUUUAGACAACUGCAACAUGAUUAUAUUGGUUAUCAAAGUCUUACGGAUGUUCCAAGAGCCAUCGCUUACGCAGAAGACGUCACCGACUAUUCUCAUAUGAUAAAUGAACCUCUAGGCAAUAUAUUAAACGAACUUCGUAAUAGCAUUGGCUUAUAUGCUAAGUGUCAACUAUAUGGUAUCCUGAUAAAACGGGAAGGAAUUAAUUAUGAAAUUAAUGGAACAACAGUCCGUGAUCAUUUGAGAUCAUUAUAUCAACAAGCUGGAUCAUUAAGAUUCUGGAUAGCUGUACGUUACUGUAGCAGUUUGUUGAAUCACACAGUGGACAGCAUUAGUCCUUUUAUUACUGGUGUACUAGUCAAAGGAAAGCAGAUCGCAGUGGGAGUGAUCGGGCAGGAAGAAACAGUGUUCGACAAACCGAUGACGCCGGCGGAAAUACAAUCAGUGAUGUAUUCCACGAUACAACCGCACAAUGUGGUACAGGCUGUGCUUCAACAAGAGAUUCUGCUGUACUGCGGCAGACUUAUUGGUACUAAUCCAGAAAUGUUUAAAGGCAUACUAAAAAUACGUAUCGGAUGGGUCUUGGAAGCGAUAAAGCUCUACUUGCAAAUGUUCGUGAAGAAUGCCAAACCAGUUGAGAAUUAUAGUCCUUACGAAAUUCGGCAAUUCCUCAUUAAAGUAUUGACUGUCAAGGAAUGGGCUCAUACAGAAAAUCUGACAGUGCUUGGCCGCCGGAAAAUUGAGGGUUGCUUAUGUAGAGUGCCGGCACACUUUUAUAAUCAAGUAUGGGAGGUUUUGAUGCGCUGUCCCGGUGGUAUCGUAGUGAACGAACGCGAAUUACCUCAGCAGCCUACCGUGUCCAGCAUGACACGUUCCGAGAUCACGUUUGCCUUGCUUGUAGAGUCCUUGCUACAUCACAUACAGAUGCCGGAAUACCGUCAGAUCGUAGUUGAACUAUUAAGUAUUGUAUCGACUAUCUUGCUUCGAAAUCCGGAAUUAAGUUUUCAGAAACAGCUGCAUCUCAACCAGCUUGUGGAAGAUAGUUUCAUCAUGUACUGUAAGGAUCACAAUUUAUCAAAUAGCGAUGAUAAAUCGUCCUUUUUCUCUGCACAUUACUCGGUGACUACAGGAUAUCUUGCUAGGGCCGUAGUCAACAACGUUCUUACUGGUGGUUGCGUGACUACUAUUGUAGAUCCCAGCGAUGUCGUCGAAUCACCCCGAGAAAUGUGUAAAAUUACAUAACGAUACAAGUCGAUUAUUAAGGAAAUUGAAGAUUUGAGAAAGAUUAUUAUAAUAUUAGUAAGAAAGUACUACAUGUAGAGGUGUAUAAUGUAACUCGCUAUGUAUAUAUAUAUUUUCAAGUUCGUAGAUAAAACACGGCGAUGAUAUAAAGAGCCGAUCAAGUUUCAA